AAUUUGAAUCUGCGCGGCCGUUGGCGGGGCCUCGGAGCGCCCGGCUCGGCCGCGGGACCACGACGACGACGACGACGACGACGACGACGAGGAGGAGGAGGACGGCGGCGGCGGCGGCGGCGGCGUCCCUCGGGAGGGUCGGUCGGGGCCGACCCGCCAGUCAGUCAGCCGCGCCGUCAUUGAUUAGAAGAAGGAUUUCACUAACAUGAAUGAAAGUAGCCAUUGUCACCUUCAGAAUCAAGCCUGUGUUCUCUGCCGACAAACUGAUGACUGUCCUGAAAAAUAUGGAGAAAAGAAAACCUACCAGGAACAUAAUCUCACCGUACAUUAUUACUGUUUGUUGAUGUCAAGUGGAAUUUGGCAGAGAGGUAAAGAAGAGGAGGGAUUUUAUGGUUUUUUAAUAGAGGAUAUCAGAAAGGAAGUAAACAGAGCUUCUAAACUGAAAUGUACUAUUUGUAAGAAAAAUGGUGCCUCAAUUGGAUGUGUAGCACGCAAGUGUAAGCGAAGCUAUCAUUAUCCUUGUGGGAUUCAAAAAGAGUGCAUUUUUCAGUUUACUGGAAACUUUGGGUCCUAUUGUUGGGAGCAUCGGCCUGUUCAAAAAAUUCCAUCUAGCAAUUGUAGAGGUUCUUCGCCAUGUACUAUUUGCUUGGAAUUUGUUGAGCAUCUUCCGAGGUAUAACAUACUAAGAAGUCCUUGCUGUAAGAAUGCUUGGUUUCAUAGAGACUGUUUACAGAUUCAAGCUCUGAAUGCUGGAGUGUUUUUCUUUAGAUGUACAGUAUGCAAUAAUAAAGAUAAUUUUCAGAAUGAGAUGUUGAGAUUGGGUAUUCACAUUCCAGAAAAAGAUGCGUCUUGGGAACUUGAAGAAAAUGCAUAUGAAGAACUUCUACAGCACUACCAACGUUGUGAUGUCAGAAGAUGUCGCUGCAAAAAAGGAAGAGAAUAUAAUGAGCCUGAUAGUAAAUGGGAAAUAAAGCGCUGUCAGUGUUGUGGCUCCAGUGGAACACAUUUGACCUGUUCCUCACUACAAACAUGGGACCAAAACUGGGAAUGUUUAGAAUGCAGAAGUAUCAUCUACAAUUCAGGAAAUUUCCAAGGGCAGAAAAGGCACUCUCUAACUAACUCAGAAAAUAUUGGAGUUACUGAUAGAUUAUUGGAAGAGCCUUCUCCGAAAUUCCCCAGACAGUCCCCAGGAUCUCAGCACAAAGAUCUGAUCAGAUCACCAAAGAUAUUACAUCAGGGGAGCUUAAGUCCUCGCUCCUGUUUGGCAUCAAUAUCCCCUCUUAGUGCUGCAGCAAAAAACCAACCUGUUAGAAAAAGGCAAGUCAGCAUACUGAGAAGAGAAGCUUCCAAUAUAUUGAGAGAGUUAGGCUUCCAAAUUAAAACAAAAUCCAGAAGACUAUAUAUCAACAAAGACACUAUAUGGAGAAGUGCCUUAAAGGAAUUAAAGAAGCGAAACUUCGACCCAACUGAAACAAUUGAAAUAAGGUUCUCAAACGAAAAGGAGAUGUUCGGAAGAGGUGAUGUUCUUGGAUCGAAGCAAGAAUUCCUAAGCCUACUAAUGUAUCAUCUUGAGAACUCACCACUAUUUGAAGGGUCCUCCUUAAAGAAUAUAUCUCUUGAUUCUGAAGCUCUGAAAGAGAAUUACUACUAUGAAGCUGGCAGAAUGAUUGCAAUUUCUUUGGUACAUGGUGGUCCGUCACCGGGUUUUUUUUCUAAAACAUUGUUUAACUGCCUUGUUCACGGACCUGAAAACGUGGAACCAACUGUGGAAGACGUUGCAGACGUUGAUGUGGCACAGACAAUUAUCAGGAUCAAAUCAGCAACAACUUUGGCCAGCUUAAAGACAGCCGUACAUGAUUGCUUUGACCACCUUAAUCUUGCUGGAUGUUUAAGACUUGUAACACUGUUAAGUGAUAAGGAUGUAUUGGUAAAGGACUUGCUCAACUACCAUGUAAUUAAGAGAGUCCAGGAACCUUUGGAAAGUUUUAGGCAAGGUUUGAAAGCCCUUGGUGUACUGGAAAAAAUGCAGUUAUAUCCAAAGGAAUUCUGUAGCAUCAUGUGUCACAAACCUGAGAGGAUUACCGCAAAAUGCCUCAGUGAUCUCUUUACCAUCCAUAUGUUUUCUGAUGUGAAGAAGGCCAGAGUCGUAGGCUACUGGAUGGGCUACUUACAAGAUGUAGAAGGUGGUGAAUCUGAAGUAACUUUGGAGGACAUUCUAUUUUUUGCAACUGGAACCAGUUCCAUUCCACCCGUUGGAUUUGCGAUGGCUCCUUCGAUUGAAAUCAUGCAUAUGGACUAUCCACUUGGAAACAGAUGUAAUAAUUGCUUAGUUCUUCCGAUAACAAACACAUAUAAAGAAUUUCAAGAAAACAUGGACUUUGCGAUCAGAAACACUUUAAGAGUAGAAAGAGAAAAGAAUUGUUAUCACACUGGAUGGUAAAACAUUUUUUAUUCAGACAUACCUGUUUUCAAGCUGCUAUUAUUAGGUUUGCUCUCAAAAUUUAAAAAAAAAAUGAUUUCCUUCUUAUCAGCUAAAGUUGGUCAUUCAUCAUAGACUCUCAGCCCAAAUGAAUUUUUAGAGUUUUUGUACCUCGUUAAUUAUGGUAUACCAAUGGACAAAGAAUUUGAAAUGAAAAAAUACAGCUUGAAAAUAAAAAGUCCCACUCCAGAAGUUGCUCUCAGUAUUGUCAUGCAGGUAUCCCUCUAGACUGUAAACUCAUUAUAGGCAGGGAAUAUGUCUGCUAAUUUCUCUUGUACUGUACUCUCCCAAGCGCUUAGAACAGUGCUGUGCACAUAAGAAGCGCUCAAUAAAUACCACUGAUUGAUUUCUUCACUCUAAAUCCAAAGCUGUCAAUUUCAGUAGCUUGUUAGGAAAGUGAGAUUCUCAUCCUUUAGCGGUGACGUAUGCAUGAGCAAAUUGAUUGAGAAAACAGGAGAAUGAUCUAAUCUCAUAUUUUCGAUACCCUUUUAAAGUGUCCUUUGAAAGCUAACCUCACAUGCUAACCUAUCUUCAAAACUGAACUGUGGGCAUUAGCUUAAAUCAGUUAAAUUUAUGUGAGUUAUUUUGUGUUGAGGGUGAGGAAGGAGAUUGACAGGGGACUUUCUGUUUAUUUGGUUGUCUGCUAUAUACCUCAAAUUCCGAGCAAGCUAUGAACGCUUUCUUACACCAUAUAAACCAAGUAAAAUAUGUAGUGAAUAGGGUUAGGCACCCUCUGAGAAAUCUCUACAGAAUUUCAUAAUACCUUUUUGAGUGGUUGAAUAAUAUUAUUUCAGUAAUUCAUAAAUAAUAGCAUGUGGGGUUCAAUUAGGGACUCCAUUAUGAGGGAUUCGGUCAAGGCCUUAUCUUAUUCCAUGCCAUUCUCAUGGAGGGAAGUACAUGCCAACUUCAGGCUCUCAGCCUCUGACCCAGCUAUAGCUCUGGACUAUUUGCUUUAUUUCUAAUGUUUCCCAUGCCACGCUACCCCCUUCUCUGUCCUUCGCUGGGGUCCAUAUCCUUCCCUCCCCCGUGGCAUUUGAGGUGACCAGAGGUGAGUGGUGGGGAAGGGGCAACUGGAAACAGCAGCAAAGAAUCCUAGGGAGGCCAGAAAGUGGUAUGCCAGCAUCAUGUGGCUAAACACUGACCUUGUCCAACCCAACUUAGAAGUUCCCAUUAUAGCAGGACAUUGUGCUUUUCUGGAAAGAAAAAUGUCCAUUUAUGAGGUGCUAGAUCAAGAACUUAGAGACAGAUUCUACAAAACAGUUUAGGAGAUAUCAUUUAGUAGUUUUGAGCCAUUUUAAUAAUUUGUGAUUUUAAUUUUUAUCAUGUCCAGAAUUAGAAUUCCUUCAUUAAGGAUUUAAGCAUUUCAUAUUUUUCAACUUCGAACAAUAUAUAUUUCUUUUGUUUCUCUGAAUAUUUAAGGAAGUGAUUUUGUCCUACAAACAUUCAUGACCAAAGGUUACAUUGUAGUUCUCUGGGAAUUUUUUAUUUUUUUAAAAAGAUUCUUACCAAUUCAAACCUUCCACACUACCUUAUUCAUAAAGAGUAAGUAUUUGCUUUUUUAAAGAGGUAUUUGAGACAUUGGUAUUGUUUUAGUCUGUGUAAGCCCUGUUAAAAAAUUCCAUUUUUCUCUUUUCAGAAGGUCUAAAUUAGGAAUAAGGUAUCUGUGUCAGCUUUCAUUUUGAGUGUGAAGACAAAAGUGGUUAGGGGAUUUAGGGGGGAAUGGAGAGCUAAGAGGUCAGAAAGGCCAGCAUUUGGGCCUUUUCAGUCUUGAUUGUGAAUUCAGGUCUUGUCAGAGACUUGGAGUGAAACUAGGAGUCCCCCUUAUGAAACUGGUAGUUUGGGGAAUAGUUAACAUUUUUCUCUUGGUCUUCCCGCCAUGCUAUGUUUUUUUAACCUACAUCUGUGACUAUUACAGUUUAUAAUUGUGUUUGGCUGAAAUACAGAACAACUUUAUUCUCUGUUCUUUAAUAUUCCAGCUAUAGUAGCAGACCCCCAAAAAACCUCUGAUGCUUAUACUACUUUGAUUUCCUUUGUUGUUAUUUUUCCAAAUUAUGUGGUAUAAUUCUGAAUUAAGAAGUAAAAUGAGUUUGUCAGGUACCUCACUUUUGCCCUCAUUUUGGCAAGUGCAAGUAAACUACCAAAACACUUUUAUGCAUUUUGCAUUUUUGAAAAUAUAUUUGUUUUCAUUUAGCAGUGCUUUGUUUCUUUUACAAUAAGCUACGUAUUACUCCUAGCUGUAAUACAUUACCCUACAGAUGUAAAGAAAGUUGUUCUUUUUGUUGUUGUUUUUAGUUAUAGCAUAUAGUGACGAGUAUAGAAUAUCUAGGUUCUAAAUUUGAUAGAACAUUUGAGAUUUAGUUUUUUUUACUUUCCCGUUUUCAGGCCCAAGGGCACCUGGUCGGUAAAACGUGAUUCAUAAAAGCCUGAGAAUAUUCACAGACUUGAGUUUUGUCAUCAAAAACUUUUAGAGCAAGCAAACUUUGCCUUCUGGUGGUCAGGUAUUCAGGGUAUUAUAUGUUUUAACAAAUGCAGUUAUCUAGGGAGGUAUGUUUCCCUUUAGUAAAGCCUGAUCCAUAGCGAGCCAGGUUGAAGGAGCACAGGCAUCACUAUGAAUUACAUGCUCAUCCAGUGAAAGUAAAUGUCUUCCAGAAAACGUUUAAAUAAAAGUCCUUCUAGUGGCACCUAAGAGUCAUUUGUUCCUGGUUUGUAACCCAACCCCAAAGCAGAUUUUAAAUUUAUUGACAAUUGUUUAUACAUAAGUAUGUAGUGCUUAAAUUGUUUGGCCUACACUACUUCUCUCUUUUACAUAAUUUACCGAUUCCUCAGUUGGCAAAUUUUAUAACUUUGAUGUCUAUGUUUUUAUUUAAUUACAGGCUAAAAGUUAAAAAAAAAAAGGAGCAGGAACCCAUUAAACAUCUAUAGUAUUUUAAAAUGUAUUUGCUAGCUCUCAUUUUUAUCUGUCUGUGCCUCAGUCUCCAUCUUUCUCUGUCCCACUGUCACUUUAAGGCUCCACAAAAAUCAGGUGGUCCACCAGUGGCCACAUUUGAGGAAUACUGCCCUUUGAGGAAUACCUGCUCCCAACCCCAUUAUCACCUUUUUUGCAAGGCAGCACAGUUAGCCAUGGAAGCACUUCUGAAGUGCUUCAUUUGGUCUCAGUCCUCUACAGUUGCAACAAGAUCACACCGCCUUUGGAAAGGGAAGAUAGGGGAGGGUGAAUGAUGAAUGUGAAGAGCAAGGAAAUGGAAAUAAAAAGGCGCAGGACAUCUCAAGGAUUAAGGCGUGUACAGUGACGCAAGACAAAAGUAGAUUGAAGGCAGGGAAGUGAAGUGCUUGGGUGAGGACAAGAGAAACAAAAUUGUAUUCACUAAGUCCACAAUUGGUAGGAUGAAGUUUCAUAAAUAUUGCCAAUCCUAUUUCUUCAUUUGUUGUUCAGCGAUGAGGGAAUGUUUUGUGUAGGUGGUUGAGGAUGCUCACGAAAUAUUAAAAGCAAUAGCUGUUCCAAAUUUCUUAAUAUACAUACAAGUAAAUAUUUAUGGACAACAGAGAUAAAUGUCUGAUGCCUGUCAGCCUUCUAGUGUAUUUUCUGUCCUUAUAUCUAAAGAUUAGGGCAAUUAAGAAAUAGAGACCAAUUUUUUUUCUUAGAGAAUCCUAAAAGCCUUGAAUACUAAAUUAGAGUAGUGAAUGUAGGAAAAUAUUUUCUUGUGGAAAAAGAUCUAGGUGCAUUUUUGUAACUUUUAAUGUUUAAAAUAACUUUGAAUUCAUAAUCUUCAUUUUUGUAAAUAAUCUAACAGUUCAAGUUGAGGAAAAAUUCCGGGGUACCGUGCCUGAAUUUAGAUUGUAUCAUCUGUUGCCGCUUCCAAAUUAGCAUUACCGUAUACUGUUUUUAUAGCUAAUACAAUGCCAGUGUUGGACUCCAUGGAUUGUAUGUAUUAAUUGUGGGAGAUGAACUGUCAUGUAUAUCAUUGUUAAAGUGCAAUAAAGUCUAAGGAUUUAAUUAGAAAACA